ACCACAGCUUUCGUGAAUGUUAACAGAAGAGACACAUUUUAUCUCGCCUGUCUCGGAAAAUUCACGUAAUCGAUAGAAAAAAUCGAUCAAAAUUAUUUUUUAUUCGAAAACUAUGUGCAGUAUUAUCUAGUCGAUUAGUGUUAAUAGUCUUUUUAUCUCAAACGUUUUAUAGUACAUACGAAUAAAUAAAUUAGUGAAUAUCGAGGACUUUAUUUUGGACUACCAGUUUGAAUAUUUAGUAGAAGUAGCGGGAAGUGAUUUGUUUUCUACCAGGUUUUAAAAAAACUGUGCAAAGUGUCGCGACAAGAGGAAUAUCUUUUCGGGACUAGUCCUCAGAAACCUGUGAAAAUCUCCAGCAUCAAAACGACUCUCAUACCUGAAGAAACCGCCGGGUACGGUGCGGCGUGUGGUAUAUUCAGUCACAUGAAUAUGACAGGAUAUUUGAAAACACCCACCGGACCCCACGGGCAUUUCCCGUCGCAUCCCAGUCUGAGUUCGGGUUUGGCUGGGAUGACUAUGCCGACAUUGGGACCAUUUGGAUUGACACAUCAUCUAGAACCGGCUACUUUCCCUCAAGGCGUGAAUCCUAGAAAGCAGAGAAGGGAAAGAACAACUUUCACACGAGCUCAAUUGGAUGUUUUAGAGGCCCUGUUCGCGAAAACGAGAUAUCCUGACAUUUUCAUGCGGGAAGAGGUAGCCAUGAAAAUAGCUUUACCAGAAUCUCGUGUCCAAGUCUGGUUUAAGAACCGUAGAGCUAAAUGUAGACAACAAUUGCAUCAACAACAUCAGAAAGACUCGAAUAGAAAUAAGACGAACAAAGCUAAUUCCACCAAAGUACCGCCGCCUAUAUCGGUUACUACGAAUAACACAACGGGCGCGGCUGCUGGUUCUCCGAAUAUUCCAGCCCCGACUACAUCAACUUCACCUCCAGUAGUCACCGUUAAAAAAGAAACGUCGCAUGUACAAAAUUAUAAAAACGGCAAUGCCACACCGCUUGGAAGUAACCCUUCUAGUGUUAUAACUACGCCUUCUCCACCUAUAACUCCCGGUAGUAAUCCAGGAAGUAAUCCUCCUGUAAACACAGCUUAUCAUGAAGGUUACAACACUUUCAACUGGCAUACAAAUGGACACAACUCAUCUCCCCAUCAUUAUUAUAGCCAAAGCUACAACCAUCCUUAUUAUACUCAAAUGGAUUAUUUCAAUCAACAGAAUCCACAGAAUCAGGUACAGAUGGGAAAUCACAUGGGAGGUACUUACCAAAUGGGUAACUAUUCUGGUAUGACCAUGCCAGCAACGCAUAACCAAAAUUUCAGCAGUCAAAGACAUCCGACAGACUGUAGUUUGGAUUAUAUGAAUCAAAUUGUUUAGUACAAAUAUGUUAGGACAAUCUGUAUAUAAGUGCAUAUCAACGUGUAAAUAAAAUUAUAAUUACGCGGAUCUAAAACUCUGCAAUGUACAAAAAACCGAAUAUUUUGUAUAUAAUUAUGUAAAUAAUUCAAAUAAUAUGUAUUUGUAAAACUCUAAUUGAAUGAGACUUUUUUUGUAACGGAUGUAAUAAUUAUUCAUUUUAAAAUUAUCAAUUAAAUAACACGAGUAAGUGAAUUUUGAAAAUCUAGCGUAAUAUCACGACAUCCUUAUGAAAAAUUAUCUGGUGUAUAAACAGGGUGUUCGAUUAAUAAAUGGAAAUAUUUCAAUGGUUGAAUUUUGUGCUUGAAAUAUUUAACUUUAAUCUAAAUUAAUUAUUAAAUAAAACUGAAAACUACUUGACGUAGAAACGCCAGAUAAAAGCCUGGACAAAACAAAACUUGAACAAAAGUUAUUUCACUAAUCAAACAAGUGCAAAAGCCUGAAGCUUUCAGAGAAAAAUGAGUAACAAAUUACAAAAAGAAGUAAAUUACUUCGCAGGAACUUUCUUAGCUUCGUAUUUUAUCGCAAAAAUUUUCUAACAAUUACAUAAUUCCGUAAAAAACUAGAGAGUUAAUUUUUUAAAAUUAAAGUAGUUAUAAGUUUCCCUUUAACCAAAGACAGAAGAAGUUUAUUUCUUUCUUUUAUCCACUAGACAGCAGUAAAUAAAAAUAUUAUCUCCACAUGGAUAUUAUGAGAUCGGAUUGUGAGAUUGAAUUACAAAAUUCACCAAAAAAUUUAGCAUGAUCUUGAUUUAAAUAUAGUUUGAGGGCCUAAUAUCAUUUUGAGGGAUUAAACUCGUAUAGUGUAAGUACUAAAAUAGUUUAAUUUGUACAAAACGUUUCCAUCUUUUCUGUCCAUACUACAAUUAACACCAGGUAGUGCUACACAUUUUCUUCUUAGAGACAAAUAAUGUUUCUAAAGUUUCAAUCCGAUUGCACACAAAGUCCAAUAUAAAAAUCCGUCGAAAAUAGUUUCUAGGGGGUUUUCGGGUUACUGAACAUGAGCACGGGGAUGACUGUAAGGUAAUGGAGAAAAUAACCGCCGAGCACGCCCGUAAAACCAACCCUGUCGAAUUCCAAAGACAGAAUUAACCUCAGCAUGCCCGAAAACCGAUUUGUUAGCAAUUUUUCCCAUCGUUUCAUAAGCAAAGUUUUCAAACUUUUGUAUCAGCAUGAUUUUCAAUCCACUUUAGACUGUCCACCAUGGAUCUAUAUCGUAUGGUAGACCAAUGUUGCUUCUACAGCUUUUAUUGACUUGGUCCUUCAGGAAGUUACCACAAAAUUCUUGUUUCCUUUAUUUGGUUGUUAUUAUUAAUCUGGCCUUUAUGUGCAAUUGAUAUUGAAGAACUGCAAAUCACCUUGCCAAUGUUCAACUAUUUUGAACCCUUUAAAACUAGCUAGCCGUCAGCCGUUUUAGUCAUUUUUUGACAUUCUGUUAAUUCGAAUUGAGAUUUCAAGACGAGUUAGAAUUAUUAUCACGGACGGAAACUGUCUCAUCGCAGUUGCUUUUGAUUUAUCACUGAAAACAACGCAAAGGACAAAACGUCGUUAGAUUGAAGCUUGUUUGAUGAGAGGAAAUUGUGAUUGGUUGAAUAACUGUAUGGAUGAAGAUACAUAUCUCCUACUACUUGGUGUCAUCUACUUUGAACAAGCAAAAUACUGAUAUAAGAAAGGCUGUAGUUCAACAUGAGGGGCGAAGUGAAAUAUUGAGAUUUUUGGUGAUCGGGACUACAUAGUGCUCAAGCUUCUUUGAGAAGGUGUUGAACAAAAGAUUAUAUCAUCAUAAUUCUUCGUCGUAUUUUCUGGAAUUCUCCAAUAGACACGUUUAGGCGAUCUCUCUUUCGUUUGAGUUAUGAAUAUGAUGACUUAUUGAUUUAAAACCUACGAAUAGCCUAAGGAACGUUUCGUUUAUAAUUCAAAAUGGUUACAUAACAGAGCCAUAAUAAAUUGUGCUUUGUGCAUAGAUCAGAUAAUCUGUUGUGUGUUUGCGACCACAAAUUAAGAUGUAGUAGACACGUAAGCAAAAGUGGACACGAAUUAGACUGACUACAUCGUGCGAAAGUCGUGAUGUCUCUAAGAAAACACAUUUUGCUCAGGAUUUGUCGGCCUUAGCAAUCUUUAGACGCCUCAAUUAAAUAUUUCUGGCCAUAUCAAAAGACAUAUGACAUAGACGAGUAACCAGAAAAGUCAGUUAAGUGGAUACAAAUACAUUUCGAAUCUCAGAUUAAAACCUUGUAAUUCGGUAAGAUCCACAUUUUUAUUUAAGUGGGUUGGAACUUGAUAUAUAAAAUAAGCGUUUUCGUGGUGGAAUUGUCGCAAAAUUAUACACCAAAGUGUACUAACUCUAAUAUAUUUCCGAGCUUUCGAAUACUUAUAUAAUCAUUUGUAUUCAAGUUAUAAAUCUUCUGUUUCUGAUCCAAUACAUUUUUUGCAUAUUGACCUUUAACCCUCAUUUUUUGAAUUUUGAUAUUAGUGGACGAGUAAUAAAGUCCAAAUUAUCUUUAUCUUGAGAAAUUACAGCUUCAUCUAAAUAGAUUUUCAAUAGUGUUUUGGAUGAGUUGCAGCUUUCUCUACUUCCCUUUGUUACAAUGAAGCUAGAACUGGUUGUUUAUUUUGAUUUUUGAGGAGUUAUCAUGAAGUUUCUGUACUGCCCGAAGCAGAGUUACGUUUUAGGGAAGUUUUUUCAGGCACUUGCCAGAGUUUACUAAGAGAAACGUUGUCUAAGCCUUUUGUUAAGUCAACGAAAAGCAAAUGGGUGUUUCUACCUGUUGCAAUUUUUUUUCUCAGUCAACUGAUUCAGUGUGAAAAUAUGGUGUAUACCUCCACUUUCGAGAGUUAAAAUAUUUCCAGUUAAUAAUUGCACAUCUUAUAUUUUCUUUUUAAAUGUAUGAAAUGAAAAUUCUUCUGCAAAUGUUUGCACAAACGAAUAUAAUUUUAUAAAUAAUUGAAAUUAUGGAAAGUCGAAGUCAAACAUAAAACGAAAAAUGUGUUAACACACAUAUUUUUGUUUUUCUCUUAAUCGGUCUAACGCUAUUGAUUCCUGAAUGAUAAAACUAUCUAACUUUACUCUUUUUUAUUCAUUUUAUUUUAAAUACUAUGUUUUUUGAAUUGAUUCUCCAGGCAAUAUGUACUGCUAACUUGUUUAUUAAUUUUUAUCGUAAUUAUAGCUUAAAUUUUUUUGAUUAUAUAGUUUUAAAUUACGACAGGCGCGGCAUGGAAUAAAAAAGGAGGAAUCAAUACAAAAAAUUUGUAAUUUUUGACACCCUGUAUAUCAGAAACAAUUGUAUAUUGUGAACAUUUGAACAAUUUUGAAUAAUGUAUAUAUACAAAGAUAUUAUUGGCUUCUAAAUUGAACAAAAAUUAUAAAAUGUAUCUAC